AUGGCCGGCAAUGGCAAAGAUGAUGUAGAGCACGCUCGUCGCUACGAAGCUCCGUACAACGCAAGACACCCGAUCCCGACCAUCUCCAGGUAUCGCGAAGAAAAAGAAGCCAGACAGCAAAAUGCACUCAAGGGCGACAACGGUGCUUUCGAAGGCCGCUCUCCCCAGGCCGGAGACGAUUGGAGCCAAGAUGACGAAAAAGCCGAUUCUCAAUCCGAAUCCGAAACGAUCAAAGACACGUCGCAGGUUGAUCGUGCCAGACUCGAUCCGCGAAAGCUGAAGAAAGACUCCAAGAAAGAAAGGGCUGAACGUGAAGUCACUGAUCCGGUUACCCACCUGCCGGUAAAGAUACACGACUUCACAGAUAGUGCUCUAAAAGAACUCGACGAAAACGAGGACCCAUUUGCACAGACAAAGAAGACAGCUUCUGGAGUAGAUGAAAAGAACAAGCCCGACUCCGAAUUGCGAAAGGAGCAACAAAGUUCGCAAAAGAAGCAUCAUGCCUUGAUGAACCAGUUUCCACCGCCCGACCUCGACUUUCUCCGCCAAGAAAUUACCAGUGCAAGCAACCGUGGGUUCUUAGCCUCGCUCGCCGGCGCAUGCAGUAUCUUGGCUGUCGUUUGCGUACUUCGCGAAACGAUACAUGUGGAUAUACGUCAGGCUGCGGGAUGGGGAGCCACAGCUCAGAGCAUACUGCUAUGGACCACUCUGGUUGGUGCUGGUGCGGGAGCAUUUGGCGCUCUCAUCUUUGGCGUGAGAGAUUGGACCGCAAAAAAAGUAGACAACGCAAUUCAAGACGAGAUAUGGCGGUCGCAGCGCCGGCACAUGGAGCAUGAGACGAAGAAGUACGAGCGAGAAACGACUCUAUGGCUUAAUUCUUUGCUCAGCUCCGUCUGGCCGCUUAUCAAUCCCGACCUGUUCACCAGCCUAGCAGAUACGUUGGAAGAUGUAAUGCAAGCUUCACUGCCAAAGCUGAUACGAAUGGUCAGUGUUGAUGACAUUGGCCAAGGCAGCGAAUCGCUGCGCAUUCUCGGCAUCCGAUGGCUGCCAACCGGAGCAGCUGCUCAAGCUGUAACAGAGGACGGCAAAGUCAUCUCGGAUAAAGACAAAAACAGUCGCAGCAAUACAGGCCUAGAGGAAACUGAAGAAAACGACAACGAUAACGACAGCAAAAGUGAUAAUUCAGUCUUUAGAGGCAUGGAAGCCGAGGAAGGCGACUUCAUCAACUUGGAAGUUGCUUUCGCAUACAGGACGCGAUCCACUAGUAAGUCUUUCAAAGAGAGGACCAAGGAUAUGCAUCUUUACUUGGCUUUCUAUCUUCCUGGAAAUUUGAAGAUUCCCGUUUGGGUCGAUCUGCACGGAGCUGUUGGCACCAUGAGACUGCGGCUGCAGCUCACACCGGAUCCUCCAUUCUUUGACCUUUGCACUCUGACACUGCUCGGCCAACCGAAAGUAAACCUGAGUUGCGUGCCUCUGAGCAAGCAUGGCCUCAACAUCAUGGACGUACCAUUCAUUAGCAACUUUGUGCAAUCUGCUGUCGAUGCCGCAAUGGCGCAGUAUGUAGCGCCCAAGAGUCUCACGCUGAGCCUCAAGGACAUGCUCGCGGGAGACGACUUCAAGAAAGAUACAUAUGCAAAGGGUGUUCUCAUGAUCCAUAUCAAGCGCGGCUACGAUUUUAAGAUGGGAGAUUCGGGCAUACCGCUUCUCAAGGACUCCAGCUCAGACCCCUACGUAUCUGUCGGGUGGGCAAAAUUUGGCAAAGUACUCUGGAGCACGCGCGUUCUGCUAUCUGAAAUGGAGCCAUGCUGGCAUGAAACUUGCUUUGUACUAGUUACCCCCGAAGAGCUAAACAUUGAUGAAAGACUGCGAGUACAACUUUGGGAUUCUGAUCGCUUCACCGCAGACGACGAUCUCGGGCGGAUUGAAGUCGAUCUCAAGGAGCUUAUGCAGAGGGAUGAGUCGAAUGGACGCAUGUGGGAUCGUACGGAUGGCUUCAGAGCGCUGAAAUCUGGCGAUGACAUGCCCGGGAAGCUCGAAUGGAGUAUUGGAUACUUCUCCAAAGCAAGGAUCCAGGAAUGCCAAUUCGACCAGCAGACUCACGAUCCGGAAGUCAGAACAAUGGAGCAACUGAAAGAUAAAGUCAGCCAAAGAUGCGAGCGGAAGCUUCGAGAGGCCAUGUUCAAAGGCGCUUCUAGUCGUGAGGAGAGCGAACUGCAGCAGCAAAAACUGCAGGAGCUCAAGGCAGAGCAAGACGCCAUGAUCAUUUCGGCACCACCGCCGGAUGACUACCCAAGCGGCAUCCUUAGCCUGCAGAUUCACAACAUUACCGGCCUCGAAGUACAGAAGCUUAGCAAGAAUCUAAAGGAUAAAGACGGCAGUGCGAGUGACGAGGAGACUGGCGACGGUCUGCCAAGCGCGUACUGCACAGUCAUCAUCAACCACAACAAAACUUACAAAACGCGCACCAAGCCCCAAAACUCGAAACCAUUCUUCAACGCCAGCUGCGAGCGCUUUAUUCGAGACUGGCGCUCUUGCGAAGUAUACGUCUCUGUUCGAGACGCAAGGCUGCACGAGGACCACCCGUUAUUAGGAAUCGUCCGCCUGCCUUUACGCGAGGUAUUUGAAAAACGCUCGCAAAGGAACGGGUUCUGGCCCCUAUCUGGAGGCAUUGGAUACGGAAAGAUCAGACUGUCCAUGGUGUGGCGCAGCGUCCAGCUUCAAGCUCCGCGCAGCCUAAUCGGAUGGCAAUAUGGUACAGUCAACAUUCAGCCAGUAGCAACGAGUUCGGACUGCCCUCCAGACUUGAAACAUGCAAAACUCAAGCUGAGAACGGACAUUGGCGGCGGGAAAAUGUAUUCUCGUGGAUCUGACGUGGCCAUGUGGGCUGCAAGCAAAGAGCGACCUCUCAACCUUGCCGUCCAAAAAAGAUAUAGCAGCUGCUUUUCUAUUGCCUUCAAAGAUAAGAAAAAGGUCCUUGGAGAUAAGGUUACCGCGUUCAGCGUAUGCUGGCUGAAAGAUAUCCCGGACGAGGAAGAGAUGACGCUCGAGCUGCCAAUCUGGAAAGGCGACAUGAAGAGAGCUACAGCGAAUUGCUUGGAACAAUGUGGGGAGCGAAUCGGCACUCUCAAGCUAAAAGUCACAUAUUGGCCAGGGAUGGGCUCUGCACAUUCAGAAUGGGCUAAUAAUAAUGACCAUAUGCGGGAUGUUGUUGAAGUAAUCGACGCCGCAAGAGAUAACCUGAGGGAUGACGAGCUAGAAAGAGAAGCAGGAAUUGUGGACGAAGAAAUUUCGAGUGACAGCGACAGCUCUGACGAGCACGAGUACAUACCAGAUGGCAGCGCAGAACAUAAACAAGGCCCGCUAGACCAGAUACGAGAUUAUAAACGGAGAAAUAAAGCCUUACACAGACAGCAUCGUGGGCUUAUGCAAUGGAAGGUAAGAAUGCCCAGGCUACAAGAGGAGAGUUCUAAAUGGGUGAAACACAAGCUGGACAAGGCAGAAAGCAGCGUCACGAAUCUGCUUGAUCACCGCAGCAAAGAUGCCGGAAUUGAGACUGAGGUUUAA